GCCAGCCCUAAACAAAAGAGCAGCUGUGCGGUCUAAGGUCUAACCGGGCGGUUGAAAAGGGGUGGGGUUGACCGUGGAUCAAUACCCAACGCUGAUGACGUCAUACGACCGUUGCGUCCGCUACACCCUUCGCGUCUCACCAUCAGACCCUCAGUCUGGCGUUGACCGUCGCCCCGUGAACACGUCCUGAGGGGAGAUGUUGUCGUCGUCCUCUUGUCACUAGGAGUCUGUAGCUCUUCGAAACUGCGUUCAGGAUUGGAGACGUUCUAACGGAGCUACAUCAUCUUCAAAACUACUUUCUGCGUUCUACGACAAGUCAAGGGGGGAGUUCUACACGUUUUCGUCGUCCUCUAGUCACCAGGAGUCCAUAGCUUUUCGAAACUGCGUUCAGGAGUGAACGCGUUCUAAAGAAAGAUUGUCACCUUCAAGACUUUGUUCUGUGUUCUGCGUUCUAUACGUCCAAAGGGGAGAAGUUGUGUCAAUUGAACGCUCAAAUAUUUUGCGUUCAAGACUGAAUGCUCGUUAUUUUUGAGACUGAGUUGAAGAUUGAACGCGUUCUAACGGAACUAUCUCAUCUAUAAGAAACUGCGUUCAAGAUAAUUGCUGUAAGGAGAGCUUCCAAUCAUCUUCAAUAGCUGUUCGAGAGUCCUUUCCAGUGGGAGUGGGGAGAUUGCCGUCUCAAAGUACCUAGGGUGAUAAAGAGUCACAAAGAGUCACCCAGAGUCACUCAGUCAUAAAGAAUCACAGAGUCACUCAGUCACAAAGAAUCACAGAGUCGUGAAGAGAAGCACAGAGUCAUCUAUAGAGUCACCUGGAGUCGUACAGAGCCCCCUAAGGUUGUGAAGAAUCAUUUAGAGUCAUCUAGAAUCAUAAAGAGUCACACAAAAUAGUGAAGUGCCAUACACAGAGUCACCAAGAGUCUUACCUGGAGUCACCUAUUGUCAUCUAUUAUCGUUAAGAGUCACUCAAAAUCGUGAGGAGCCAUACACAGAGUCGCCUAGAGCGUCACCUGGAGUCACACAGAGUCACAAAGUCAGCAUUAUGCCACCGAAAGCGGACGAUAUUGCAGACGAGAGUCUAAUAGAGCUGGUGAAACGUCACUCUGCUCUCUACGACUAUCAACACAAGGACUUCAAGAAUCUGCACGUCAGGGAGGACCUCUGGACAGAGAUAGCUACUAUGCUGGACAAGGAUGUUCAGAGCUGCAAAAAACGGUGGCGUGACAUCCGCGAUAAUUACUACAAGAUUAGGCGCAAAGAGCAGAAGCUUAGCGCAUGCGCUUGGGGUGGUCAACGGGGAGGUCACAGGGGCAGCAAAUGGCGACUCUACGAUCACCUGUUAUUUCUGCCGCUGGUGCAGCGCGCUACUGCAGGUUCAGGUGGAGGUGCAGCGCACCAUUCUGUCAACGUCAGCACUUUUCUGACUGCAGACGAUGCGCCGUCCUCCAUAUGUACGUCAUCCACUCAGGCCGAUGAUCAUGAGGACGCCAGGUGUCCCUCGCCUGAGGUAAUCCUGACCCAUUCCGAGGUGACCAGCGACUGGGAGCUGUUCGCGAGUGAACAGAAGCGUCGCUUUGGGGGCGGAGACAGUGUGAACGGCAGCCAUGACACCAUAAUGGCCGACGACGAGGACUGCUACCAGUUUGCCAGCAAGCGGCUCAGGACAAAGGACGAAGGACAUGACUCAUUAUCUCAACCGCAGGAUGACGUCGAUCUGUUUAUGCGCAGUGUUGCAAUCACUGUCAAAAAGCUGGCACCUGAGCAGGUGGCCAAAGCCAAGAUGGAGAUACUUUCCAUUGUCACAAGGCUGCAGUUUCCUGUCGACGGUGAUUAGGUUAGGUUAGAUUUAGUUAUGUUAGGUUAGGUUUAAUUCAAGUAAAUGGAUUCCAGUGAAUAAAUCUCUAAUAAAUGUC